CUCCAGCCGACGUGACUGGAAGUCGGAGUCGCGGCUGGGUCAGCUAGCUACUUUUCGCCUGAGUAGAGAUGGUGUGGAGCUGCUCUACAGCGAAGAGCAGAGGACUGUCCGGAUCUUUAGCUUUGUUUGAUCGUAUUUAGAAGCCGGUAUCUUGCUUAUUUGCCCAUUUUGUGGUGUAGGAACCAUCCAGAGCUCUGAGGAAUACCGAACAUCUAGCAAACACGAGAGGGCCCGGGCUCGGGAACAUCCGCUCCUGUCAUGGAAGGAGAUGGGGGCAGCGAGUUCAGACAGUGGUGUCUCUCUCAGGUCAAAGGAGCCAUUGACGAUGAUGUAACAGAAGCUGAUAUUAUCUCUGCGGUGGAGUUCAAUCAUUCAGGAGAGCUUUUGGCCACUGGUGAUCGAGGUGGCAGAAUAGUCAUCUUUCAGCAAGAGCAAGAGAGUAAAGCUCUGCCUCAGUCUCGAGGAGAAUACAACGUCUACAGCACCUUCCAGAGUCACGAACCAGAGUUUGACUACCUGAAGAGUUUGGAGAUCGAGGAGAAGAUUAACAAGAUACGUUGGCUCCCUCAGAAAAAUGCUGCUCACUUUCUAUUGUCCACAAAUGAUAAAACUAUUAAGCUGUGGAAAAUUAGUGAACGUGAUAAAAGACCAGAGGGCUACAACCUAAAAGAGGAGGAUGGGCGAUACAAGGAUCCUACAUCUGUUACUACACUACGGGUUCCAGUGUUCCAGCCCAUGGACCUAAUGGUAGAGGCCAGUCCUCGGCGGGUCUAUGCCAAUGCACACACCUAUCACAUCAACUCUAUUUCAGUCAACAGUGAUAAUGAGACCUACCUGUCUGCAGAUGACCUGAGGAUCAACCUGUGGCACCUUGACUUUACAGACCGUAGCUUCAACAUUGUGGACAUCAAACCUACGAACAUGGAAGAGCUGACUGAAGUGAUCACAGCCUCAGAGUUCCAUCCUCUCCAGUGCAACACUUUUGUUUAUGGCAGCAGCAAGGGCUCUGUGCGCCUGUGCGACAUGAGGGCGGCUGCACUCUGUGAUCGGCACUCGAAAUUGUUUGAGGAGCCUGAGGAUCCUAGUGCUCGUUCCUUCUUUUCCGAAAUUAUCUCCUCUGUCUCGGACGUCAAGUUUAGCCACAGUGGCCGCUACAUGAUGACCCGUGACUACCUGACGGUUAAGAUCUGGGACCUCAACAUGGAGAGCCGACCUGUGGAGACCUAUCAGGUUCAUGAGUAUCUCAGGAGUAAGCUGUGUUCUCUCUAUGAGAAUGACUGCAUCUUCGAUAAGUUUGAGUGCUGCUGGAGCCAGGAUGACAGUGAGGUGAUGACAGGCUCCUAUAACAACUUCUUCCGGAUGUUUGGUCGUGACGGCCAGCCUGGGAUGACCCUGGAGGCCUCAUGGGAAAGCAGCUCACCUCGUUGCCCGCUGAGGCCCUGGAGAGUGUGUGCAGGGAGCAGGCGCAAUGAUGACGAAAUCGGGGUGGACUGCCUGGACUUCAGCAGGAAGAUUCUCCACACUAGCUGGCACCCUCAGGAUGGCAUCAUUGCAAUGGCGACCAUUAAUAACCUUUAUAUAUUCCAGGAGAAACUGAACUAGGACUGAUUUGGCUUAGUCUCUGGUUCUAGCUCCAGGAGUUCCGCCUAUGUGGAUAUCAUCAGAUAUCCAUAACCGGUCAGAAGCUAGGACUGUUUACACAUUUUGCAGUCAACUCACUGUCUUACCAUUAACCCACUGUAGCACCUUGGAAAAAAUGCUUGCUUUAAAAAAAAAAAAAAGAAAGAAAGAAAGAAAAAAAAAAACCUCUGCUACAAGAAAACCCUCUAUGUGCAUUUGGUUGGUUGUGACCGUUAAAUGGUUAUAGUGUACAAUUUGUUACUUGCCUAAUUCUUUUCUUUGCUUUUUAAUGCAUCCCACCCUAGGUUUUCAUCCAAAGACUUUUCUGCACUUAACAAAAAAACAAUUGAAAGUGCCAUGUUAGAAUUAUUUGAUUUUCUUAUCAUAUUAUUCACACUCAUCUACUUACAAGAGCUUCUUUCAUGUGUUUUAAUAUAAAAUAAACCAAUUUCCAGGAGCACAAUACACACCUCAGCAGUGAAACACAUCACAGGAUUCAUCAUGUAGCCUCCAGUUUCAGUUUAAUAAACUCACAAUGCCUCUUUGAUUUAGUCCAAAGUUCGAAAUCCAUAUUUGCAGUAUGAGCCUUUUUGCGCCCACCAGUUAGCUCAGGCAAGAAGCAGCCCCUCCUCGGACUCUGAGUCCAGUACUUAGCACAAGUCUAUAAUAAUGCAGUUAUCUCUGUGUGGUCACUAAAGUGGCCGUUUCUAGCUUGUAAUGCUGAUAAUGUCCUUGCUGGGCAAAACUAACAGUGGCAUUAAGUUAUCCAAUACUGUACAUUUCGUGACUGAUAUCAGUCUUUGUUUUUAAAGGGACAAAAAGAGCAGGAUGUUUUUGUCUAGCCUUGUAUUUGUGUGUACAGUUGUACAUGUCUUACUUACAAAUUUCCUAUUAUUUGGGUGUAUUGUGAAUAAUUUUAUUUGCAGCUUUUUUAACAUGGUGGUUCCUAUAAAGGUAAAGAGAGAAUGACAGUUAUUUUUUUAAGGAAAUUACACAUUUGAAAUGACUUUCUCAGGGUAUUUCAAUGUAGUCAUAUCACUGACAGAAAGCUAUUGUUAGCAGGGUCUCUUCGUGGGUUAAGACUCUUCGGAAGUGAGCAGACUGAAACGAACAAGAAUGGAGUUGGAUUUUACUCGUACAAUGAAAUAUAGGGCUACUUGCCAUAAGUACUCAACAGUAAUACUGUCCCGGGUUCCCUGAAUAGUUGUAAAACUAUAGUGUGAAAUAAAAGUUACUUAAGAAAGUUUAAGAACACUUGUUUUCCUAUUCCAAACAGUUAUACAGAUAUGGGGCCUUUACAUAUAUGAUGCUAAUGAUAACAGUACACAAUGUUACCUAAUUCUUUUUUUUUUUUAAGAAACAUUUGCUCCACAGAUGUUUUGAACAAUAAACGGGGCAUUAAAAAUGUA